GUGUGCGGUAUCCUCGGGCUACUUCUCCAGGACCCGACGAUCGAUGCCGCUUCUGAGAUCUGCGAGGGCCUCUCCCUGCUCCAGCACCGCGGUCAGGACGCGUGCGGCAUCGUCACUUGCGGUCACAAGGGUCGCUUCUACCAGUGCAAGGCCAAUGGCAUGGUCAGGGAUGUCUUCGAUGCUCCCGCCCUCUCCAGGCUCCUUGGAGGCAUGGGUGUUGGCCAUGUGCGCUAUCCGACCGCGGGCAGCUCCAAUCACGCGGAGGCACAGCCGUUUUAUGUCAACUCCCCCUACGGCAUCGUCAUGGCCCACAAUGGCAACUUGAUCAACUCUCCCUCCCUUCUCCACUUUAUGGACCAUGUCGCGCACCGGCACAUCAACACUUCCUCCGACUCCGAGCUCCUCCUCAAUAUCUUCGCCGACAACCUCCAGAAAACGGGCAAGUUCCGUAUCAACGAGGAGGACAUCUUCUCUGCCAUCGGUGGGCUCAUGUCCCAAGUCAAGGGCGCGUACGCCUGCGUCGCCAUGCUCGCCGGCUUCGGUAUCAUCGCCUUCCGCGACCCCAACGGCAUCCGCCCCCUCGGCAUGGGCUCGCGCAAGGCCCUCGGUGGCGGGUCCGGCAAGGACUGGCUGUUCGCAAGCGAGAGCGUCGUGGCCGACGCGAGCAACUUCACCGAAUGGGAGGACGUAAAGCCCGGCGAGGCCGUCAUCAUCACGCGCAGUGGCGUCUCCCGCCGCCAGAUGGUCACCAACGCGCCGUUCGCACCCGACAUCUUCGAAUAUGUCUACUUUGCGCGCCCAGACAGCGUUUUGGACGGGGUCAGCGUCUACCGGAGCCGCAUGGCGAUGGGCGACGCCCUCGCGGACGAGGUGCAGCGCGUACUGGUCGAACACAAGAUUGAGGUCGACGUCGUCAUCCCCGUGCCGGACACAUCGCGCGUGGCGGCGCUCAACCUCGCGCAGAAGCUCAAGCUGCCGUACCGCGAAGGCUUCAUCAAAAACCGGUACGUCGGUAGGACGUUCAUCAUGCCCGGCCAGCAAAUGCGGCGGAAGAACGUGCGGAGGAAGCUGAACGCGAUGGCGCUCGAGUUUGCGGACAAGAACGUACUAAUCGUCGAUGAUUCGAUCGUUCGCGGCACGACCUCGAAGGAGAUUGUACAGAUGGCCAAGGACGUCGGAGCGAAGAAGGUCAUUGUCGCGAGCUGUGCGCCUCCUAUCCGGCACGUGAACGUCUACGGCAUCGACAUGCCCUCCCGCACAGAGCUCGUCGCGCACAACCGCUCCGAGGCGGACAUCGCCCGCGCGAUCGGCGCCGACCUCGUCAUCUUCCAGACCCUCCCCGACCUCAUCGCCUCCGUCCGGCAGUUCAACAGCGCGAUCCCCGCGUUCGACUGCUCCGUCUUCACCGGCGAGUACGUCACCGGCGGCGUCGACGAGAAGUACCUCGCCGCGCUCGAGCAGCUCCGCGCGGAUAAUGUCAAGUCCCAUAUGGAGGUAGGGGACCUCGGCACGAUGGAAGGCAAGGGCGCGGGCGCGGCGACGCCCAAGUCGGACGCGGCGCGCGUCGCGGAGAGUAUGGAGGUCGCGGUGGGCUGCUGCGGGCCGAUGAACGGGGCGGACAGUACGGUAGGCUUGCAUAAUACGUACUCGAUGUCGUGA